CCCAUUACCAAUUCCUAUAUUGAAAGGAAAAAAGUAUUUGGAGCAUAUCCUAUUCCCUUGAAGUGGAAAGGAAUGAAGAAGGAAAUAGUAUCAUGAAACAAAGUAGAGAUGGUGAAAAAAAAGUAUUGAAAAGUGUUGCCUUAGGAUAGAGAAGAUCAUUGCUCUCGUAACAGUUGUAUGCCGAAGGUGGAGUUGAUUCGCCGGAACUUGAAGGCGGCUCAGGACCGGCAGAAGAGUAAUGCCGAGAGGCCAGGGAACCCACGAAGUUCUGAAGUGGGGGAUAUGGUAUUCCUAAGGGUGUCCCCUUGGAAAGGAGUGAUGAGAUUUGGUAAGAAGGGAAAACUUAGUCCGAGGUAUAUCGGUCCAUAUGAGGUGUUGGAGCGCAUUGGACCCUUAGCCUAUCGACUAGCCUUACCUCCCAGCCUAUCUAUGAUUCAUGACGUUUUCCACGUCAGCAUGCUAAGGGCGUAUCGAUCCAAACCAAAGCAUGUGAUUAGACACGAGGACAUCCAGUUGGAAGAUGAUUUGACCUAUGAGGAUGUACCAAUCCAGAUUGUGGAUAGGCAGGAAAAGGAGUUGAGGAGGAAGAAGAUUGCCAUGGUAAAGGUUAUAUGGAGGAACCAGGGCAGCGAGGCUGCAACUUGGGAGACCGAGAGUUACAUGAGAGAGAAGUACCCAGAUUUGUUUAACGGUGCUCAGAGCAGCGGUUGGUGACUCUCUUUUUACUUUCUCGUUUAAUUCUUGUUGCUCAAUUUUCAAGAAUGGACCCAGUGAUGCAUUUAUGUUCCACCAUAGCUAACAACUCUAUCCAGCCAAAAAAAAUUCGAGGUCGAAAUUUCUUAAGGGGGAGGGAAAUAUUAUACCCCAACUAGCAUCGUUCCUUCAAAUACAGCGUUACAUCGUAC